AUGCAGUUCUUUACCUCUCUUGUUGCGGCCACCUCUGCCCUAGCGGGCACUUCUUUGGCAGCACCAAGGGUCACCCAUGACAAGCGUUCGCUUGUUACACGCGGCCAGACGACGUACAAUGUCUUCGAGCAUGCUGCAACCGGUGCGAAGAUAGAGUUCGUUUCGAACUCUGGAAUUUGCGAGACUACACCGGGGGUCAAACAGUAUUCCGGAUAUCUGUCUGUUGGCGACAACAUGAACAUGUGGUUCUGGUUCUUUGAAGCGCGCCAGAGUCCAUCCACUGCACCACUUGCUGCAUGGUUUAACGGAGGUCCUGGCUGCAGCUCGAUGAUUGGACUCUUCCAAGAAAACGGCCCAUGCAAAUUCAAAGUUGGGACAAGUAACGUGCCGAUCAACAACACCUACAGCUUCAACAACUAUGCCAACAUGCUCUACAUCGACCAGCCUAUCGGAGUCGGCUUUUCCUACGGAACCAACACGGUCACUUCCACAUUGACUGCAGCUCCCUACGUGUGGAAGUUGAUCCAAGCAUUUUACGCGGCUUUUCCGGACUACAAGAGCCGAGACUUUGGGAUAUUCACAGAAUCCUACGGCGGCCAUUAUGGCCCAGAGUUCGCUAAAUAUAUCCAAGACCAAAACAAGGCGAAGGCUGGGGAAAACAUCAAUAUCGUAGCCUUGGGUAUCAACAACGGCUGGUUCGAUUCCUUAAUUCAAGAAAAGGCUUAUGUCCAAUUCUCGUAUAACAACACAUACAAGCCUCUAAUCUCCAAGGCCCAAUACGAUACGUACAUGGGCCGGUAUACAGACAACUGCCUUCCCGAGCUCCAGCAGUGCGCAACUACGGGAACGAAUGCUGCUUGCCAGCAAGCAGACAAUGCUUGUUACCGCACAAUUGAGGUUCCCCUCAUUUCGGCAGCUGAUUUCGAUGUAUAUGACAUCCGAGCGCCUACCAACGACCCUGAGCCGCCUGCAAACUAUGCGACGUAUUUGACAAACACAACUGUCACCAAAGUAAUCGGUGCACAGAGUAAGUACCAAGAGUGUCCGAAUGCACCGUACAACAAGUUUGCAUCCACUGGUGAUGGCCCGCGCUCCUUCAUGACGCAACUGAGUGACGUCGUCUCAUCUGGCGUUACAACGCUCAUUUGGGCAGGUGAUGCUGACUGGAUAUGCAACUGGUUCGGCGUCUACGAUGUCGCGAAUGCCAUUAAAUACACCGGCCAAUCCGCUUUCGCUUCAAAAGCACUAGCGCCGUACAAAGUGAAGGGAAAGGAAGGAGGGUCUUUCAAAACACAGGGUAACUUGUCAUUUUUAAGGGUUUACGGCGCCGGCCAUGAAGUUCCGUACUACCAGCCCGAAUUGUCCCUACAAGUAUUUAUACAGACCAUGAAGAAAGGAGCUAUUGUAUCGACUUGA